AUGGAAAAUCAAGGAAACGAAAAUGUUGCUGCUGCUGCUGCCGCUGCCGCCGCUGCUGCUGCCGCUUCCGUUCCUAAUGUUGCUAUCCCUUCUGCUGCUGCAACAAUUCCAAUGGCUCUACCGAUCCACAACUCUGCCCCUGCUCAUGGAGAAAGACCGGAAAAAUUUACCGGUGUUGAAUUCAAAAGGUGGCAACAAAAGAUGCUGUUUUACCUUACCACCAUGAACCUUCAAGGGUUCUUGCGACAAACUGCUCCUACGGUGGCUGAAGACGACACUGAAGUUCAAAGGAGAAAUGCUUAUGAUGCUUGGUACCACAGUGACUUCCUCUGUCGUAACUAUGUCCUCAACGGACUCGACAGUACGCUAUACAAUGUCUACAACAACUUCAAGACUUCGAAAGAGUUGUGGGACUCUCUCGAAAAGAAGUACAAAACGGAGGAUGCCGGCUUGAAGAAAUUCAUAGUCGGACGGUUCCUUGACUACAAGAUGGUGGACUUCAAGACAGUGGUUGAGCAAGUCCAAGAGUUGCAAUUGAUCCUGCAUGAGAUUCAUGCCGAAGGAAUGCAACUAAACGAGUCUUUCCAUGUAGCCGCUAUCAUCGAGAAGCUACCGCCUCUGUGGAAAGAUUUCAAGAACUACCUCAAGCAUAAGCGCAAGGAAAUGCGACUUGAGGACUUGAUCGUGAGGCUUCGAAUUGAGGAGGACAAUCGUCAAGCCGAAGCCAAAACCGUGAAAGGAAAGAUGGAGGCAAAAGUGAAUUUGGCCGAGCCAAGUGCCAAGAAAAGAAAGGUGACCAAAGGCAAGCCAAAUCCAACUAAAAGGUUCAAAUGAAGCUGCCACAACUGUGGAAAAAUUGGUCACAUGGCUCGAGAAUGUCGUCAGCAAAAGAAGGGACAUCACCAAGCU